AUGAUUAGAACUUUCUUAAUAAAUGAUAAAUGUUUCCAUAAAAUUACUUAUAGAAAUAUUAAGUAUAGUAAUCAUGUUGAAAUAUUUAACAUACACUUUUUCAACUUUGUAUCGUGUAAUCUUCAAACUAAAAACUAUGGUUUAAUAUUCUUCAAUAAUAAAAGGAACUUUGGAGUAAAAAGAGUUGUUCAAAAAAGAAAAUAUAUGCUAAAAUUAAUACAACCACACCAGGAACAGUUUGACUCAGAAAAAUAUGCAAAAUAUCUAGAGCAAGAAAGAAUGAGUGAAAAAGUAAAUAUAAAUAAUAUUAAUAUGGACGAUGAAAAACAAGUUGAAUUAUACGAAAAUUAUUUAUUAAAUUAUAAAUAUAAUAAAAAGCAAGUUGAAAAAAAUGGUACUUUACCCUUAUCAUUAUUAUCCUCUUCAUUCAUUCGAAGAACAAUUUAUUCAAAUAGAGAAGAUGUCUUAAAAAAAUUAAAAAAUAUUAACUGGAAAAAGUACUGUUGUAAUGUUAAAGGGGUAAGGUGGCAUGCCAGUGGAGCAUGGCGAGUUUAUUUUUGUAAAAGAAAUUAUCAGCACAAUUUUUUUGUUAAAUGUGAUUGUUAUUUUCGUGUAGGUAUUUAUGGUUUUGAAAAAAGUAAAGAACUAGCUGUCCUUUAUAGAAAAAGGCUUGAAUAUGAAUACCUUUUAUUGAUGAAAAGAUGGAAAGAAAUUGAAGUGGAAAAUGCUAAAAAAAGAAAAAUGAUAAAAGAAUCUAAACAGAAAGACAACUAUAACUUGGAACUUGAUGAAGAUACCCAACAAAUGGAUGAAGAAAAUUAUAUUAAUGAAAAAUGA